GUGGUUGCGUCAUUCACCCACCGCGUCUCCCCUGUUCGUUGGCAUCCGCCGUCUGAGAGGAUUUACCCAUCGCAACUUGUCUUCUUCCGCUGCGUCCCCGCCAUGUCCGACCCCAGCAGCCCCCCGGCCGUACCCUACAAAGCCUAUGUGCCCCGCAGACAACGGUCCAUCCGCCCAGACCGGCCCCUCCCGCCUCCACCCCCAGAAGAAGACGUCCCCGCCGUCAAUGCCUUCGAACGCAUACAAGGAUACACUUCUCCCCCUUCUCCGCCGCCCCGCGUCUCGUCCCCCAGGCUGGCGGAGAAAAAGCUUCCAUCGCCGCCGAGCACCGCUCCGGUACAGCAUGUCGACCAGCAGCGCCAACGUGCGUCGUCGUCGUCGUCGUCGUCGUCGGCGACCGUGCCUCCACCAAAUGCUGCUCCGCUCCUAGACUCGGCGAGCAAAGCCCAGACCCAAACCUCGGCGGCCCACCUGCACCCGUACCACUCCACCCUCCCCACGUCGUCCGACCCUCCUACGGUGCUCACUCCCCUUCGAGCGCAUUACCUAAAAAAGACGCUGGUCAGUCUUCAGGUCUCACAUGAAUUGGCCUUGAUAACCGACCCUGUGCUGGGCGCCAACGCCCUCGGCCUCCUGGGCGAGCCGUUUGUACUGCCUCAGCAAGCGAGGAAGGAAGCGCUCCAGCGUGUUAGUGAAAUUGCCCGUGCGGAAGGGCAAGUAGGGGAUCUACCGUUCUUGAGGUUCAUGUUCCAUCAGUUCCUCUUACCCUUUCCCUUUCUCACCGCCGCUCCGCCCGCGUUCUGGUCCGCCAAAGUUCAACCCUUUUUGUCAUCAUUCUUGUCCACGACAGGUAUAUCUGCUCAUGCUACUCAGACAGAGCAGGAAAGAGAGGUUACAGAGAGCUUGAUGUCAAAGGACGAGCUGAAAGAGGCCCAGGAAAGAAGAAAACUUUGGGUAAAGGUCGAGAAGCAUCUGGCGCUGAUGUUUGGCCUCGGGAUUAAGCUUACGAAUGGUGAAGAGGUAGUGAGGAUUGGUCAGGCAGAGCUGAAAAGAUUGGAGGCUCUACAGGAGGAAAGGAAGCGGAAAUGGAUGGAGAAGCAUGGUGGUCGACAACCUGGUGAAGCUCAUAUGACUGGCUUUGAGGUGAAUGUCAUUGGCGUGAGGCUUGUAGUGGAAAAAGGAAGGGAAUUCAUCAUCCGUACAAGCAGACAUGGUGUAUCAGACGUAUUCGUAUCCAGACGAUACGGCGAUUUCAGAAGGCUUGCAGAAGAACUGCGCCUCGCGUUCCCCGACUCUAUGAUCCCCUUCCCUCCUCCCAAAGACAAAUCCACUACGGCUGCGCCUCCCAUACCCUCCACCUCUACCGUCUACGGCACAUACAACCCCCUUCGCGCCAUAUACGGCUCUGGAGCUCAGCCUACCCCUGCCGACUCCACUUCAUCCCUACAAGACCCCGAUUCGCCCACCACUGCGACUACUUCGGGAACACCACUUUCGAGGGAGAAGAACCGCCUUACUCUAAGAGCGUACUUGAACAGCCUGCUCACUCUGCCGUACGUGAUAGAAUCUCCCAUCUUGCGUUCCUUCCUCCUCUCAGCACCCACCGCACUCACCCCGCCCGAGGCCGUGGACUGUCAGCGUAGGCUGGAGGCAGAUGCGGUGAGGGAAGAAGGGAGGAGGAGGUUCAGGUUGGAGGCAGAGAAGAGGAUUGAGGCGCUAAGAGAAGGUCUGGCGACGUUUAAAGGCGAUGUAUUGAGUAAAGAGGGGGGACUAAAGAAUGUGUUUGAGGUGGUGAAAAGGGUGGAAAAGGUGGAGGAUCUCCCAGAGGCUGAGGCUAGUGUCUUGGAGUGGGGAAGGAUAUCGUUCGCCGCUACAAUCUUCCAACUGUUUGUAGCUUCCGAUACCGCAUCAGAUACUCUCGCCUCACUCAAGCGGCUCCACGGCCUCAUGCCAUACUUUGUGCUCAAAGGUAUCCUCAAAAUAUCCAAUCCAAUGGCCAUGAUCCGCGGCGUUCUAGACCUCUUCCUCGCACGACCAUUCGGAGGGCAAUCAUUGAUACAGCGAAUGUUCUCCUCCUCGCUCACAGAGGAUCUAAGGAUGCUGGAUGAGGAUAUUGAGGUCGUGCAGGAUAAGAUUGAUGACCCCGUGCUGUGUCAGAAGAUUGAACAGUAUGCGAAAGCGCCGUUUGAAAUUCAAGAAAUGUUUAGAAAAGAUGCUGCAUCCGAGGGCCUCGACCUACUCAUCAUCAUCCUUCGCUCUCCCGAUGUCCCAUCCCUUUCCCGUCCCCAAUUCCAACGUGUCGUUAAAGCUACAAGGGCAUACAGGGAGUACAAAUCUUCCCUUACCGACUUGUCUGAUUCCGAUGAUGAUGAAGGACCGGAAAAUGAGGAUGCGUGGUUGUAUGAGGAUUUAACGAUUCUGUUGAAACUCUGGAUGAGAAAGAGGGAGAAAGAAGGUUUGCUCGCUCUGAUAUUUGAAGGAGUGACAGCGGAACUGCUCAAGGAUAUCAUCACGAUUUUCUACACCCCUCUGGCACAGGUGUAUAAGGCUGCAAGCAUUGCCGAUUCUCUUGGUGAUAUGCAGGCUUUUAUCAAUGAUAUGAUCCGGACCGUCGAGCAGGUCGAAGAACUCUCCCAAGAAGAUCCUCAACGAACUGUCCAGACAUUCAUCGAUCUCGUUCAGCGCCACGAACAGUCAUUCUACACAUUCGUCCAUAACGUUCAUUCCAAGGGCAAGGGAUUAUUUGACUCUCUCAUGUCGUGGCUCGAGCUUUUCCUCAAUUACGCUCGUUCCGGUUUACCAUCCCCUAUCGAUCUCGAAUUCAUCCUCCCGCACUCGGAGGAAGAACGUCGAAAAGUGCUGGCAGAGGUCGAUAGCGUCGCGACGUACCAUUACCGACUCAAGGUCGCGCACGAAGAAAAGAUUCGACGACGGUUCCGCGCAGCUGCAACGGAUAAUGGCGGAGCGGGGGGAAUAGGCGAUCCGAUUGAUGAUGAAGCCGAGUUGUUGAGCUCUGUUAUGGCGAGCUUGAAUAUAGGCGAGACGACGAUGGAUGAAGCGGGUGAUUUGGCAGAUGAAGAAUCAGAGGAGGAAGCAGAAGAUGAAGAGGAAGAAGAAGAGGAGAGACAGUUGGCGAAUUUGGAGGAAGGGGAUGAAGAUAAGAGUGAUACGAGCUCGAUGAACCUCGCCAGCCCGAAACAAGAGGCGCUUUCUCCACCGUCUGGUAGCGCUGGCUCUGGUAACAGUACGGCCGAUCGAAGACGGAGCUCGCAUUCUUCUACUUCUCAAUCCCUCAAGAAAGUGCGAUCGGCUUUCAAGUUUAAACAUGGUGACGAUAAAAAAUCGAGCCCGACCGCAGUUGCAGGUGGAACUGACGAAGGAAAACAAUCUUCGCCGCUGGCACAAGGAGGGCGGCAUCAUGUCCAUGGUCAUGGGAAUGGGAGAAGGAAGAAGAUGGGUGGUAUAGUAACGUUGACACCCCCGGAGACAGAGUCGAUAGCUACUCUAAGGCCAUUGUUCGUCGAAGCUCUUCGUCCUAGUCUGAUAGUUCAACCUAUGAAAUAAAGGUACUUGUGAUGGGAUGCUCCCUGGAUUUCGAUAACUCCAAUUCAUCAGACCUUCAUCUUGUUGAGAACAAUCAGUUUGGAAAUAUCCUUCAUCAAUUGUAUAUAUCUCCUUGGUGUAAAGCGUGCCCUUUUCAAUCUCUCGUCCAUAUGAAAAACGUAUUGCAAACGAAAAUCUAGUAUUCUAUGAUGUAAUCUGUGGUGC